AUGGCCAGAAUCAAAUGUGGAAAAUAAUAAUAAAAACAACCUCCUCAAUAGACUUACUAACAAUAGUAACCUGUUCAAUAACAGCCCAUUCAAAAAAAUAUCAAAAAGAUUAAAUAAGCACCAUCUGAAGAAAGAAUUAUUGAGAGGAAACCCUCUCCACAAUAGUUUUUAGAGAAAAGAACCAGAAGGGAACAAUAACUGCAAAGUGUUAAAAAGAAAAUUAGAUAGCCCUUUAGUAUUGAUUUGAAAUUUAUUAUUAAGAUUAAGGAUUUUACCCAGAAGUUCCUAAUUUAUAAUUUCCUAAUCAAUUACUAGAUUGUUUGGUUAAAGUGAUUUGCUCUUUCGGGAACAGUGCCAAACUAACUUAGAUAAUAAAAAACUUAAGUUUAUUUUACACAAAUGAAGUUCAGGAGGAAGUAGUAAAUUUAGUUUUAGCUGAAUCAGAGGAAUCUGGAGCCAUUUAUGAACUGGAAGGAAAAUUCAAAGUUACUAAUGCUCUUAUUUAAAAAGUAAGUAGUUCAAGUCAGUUUUAGCCUUUGUUACAGAAGAAUGACUAACUUGGAUCAAAAAUGAAGCAUGAAGAUAUCGAUGAUAAUGAUCAGUUCCAUUCACUUUCAAAUAAUCAUGCUCAAUGUAUAUAUCCUAUAUAAAUCUUAAGAGGAUCAGGAAAUAGAAGAUGAACUUAAUCAAUUUAGACAAUAUAAUUGA